AUGGAAGCCUUUUCAUCACAAUUCCUGCCGAAGGAAGAGUCGGAACGGAGGUCCAGCGAGCGCGAACCACGCAUGCGCACUGACGAAGGGCCAGCGGCAGAGCGUGCAGGGGGCGGAGUCAAAGUGAGAGAUGCUGUAUAUAAAGAAGCGACUGGGAAGAUCUGCCAUCAGUUCUUUGAUAAGAUAGUCACUAAAUCAGAAAUGGCGCGUUGCUUUGUUGUCCUGGCUUUUCUGGCGUUGGCGGCCAUGAGUCUUCAGGUGGCAACGGCUCAGGAUGACCUCAAAUACUUCGAGCGUGAAGUGGUGGCAGAGCUGGCGGCACAGAUCCUGCGCGUGGCUCAGGGACCCUCGGCCUUCGUGGCGGGACCUCACAAGCGCAACUCGGAGCUGAUCAACUCCCUCCUUGGACUCCCCAAGGUCAUGAACGACGCCGGAAGGAGAUAAACGAACUCUUGGAACAUUCUUCAUAUGAAAGAACGUCUGGAACUACUGACCCUACCUAAUAUCAUAUGCAUGUGUUCAUAUCUUUCUCGAAAAAUAUCAUAAUA